AUGGUAAUCAUUCUUUUGUUGCGUUUUCAUUUGUUAUCACUGCAGGAGAAGGCUAAUAAAAAUGCUGCAAAUAGAGAAAAGCUAACGAUCCUUCAAACAUUAGGCUCUAAGACACUUGCAAGGAAGAGAUAUGAGUUGGAACUAAGAAAUGAUCGAAAAUACAGUAGGGGUGAAAUGUAUUCAAUUUGUCAUAUAAAGUAUGCUGGGUCAUUUGUCAAUGACGAGGCCAAGGAAAAAUAUGAACAAUUGCAAGAUAAAAUUGGGAAGACUCGUUCUCCAAAUGAAGCAUUUGUUAAUGUGUUUGGAAAAGAACAUCCUGGAUAUGUUCGUUGUAUAGGACUUAGAAUAACACCAUCUCAAAUUACUAAGUCUACUUUUCACUCUGUAAGAUCAAUGUCUUCCUUCGAACCUAAUGAGAAGAUGGAGAAAAUGCAAGCUGAAAUCAAUAGGCUUAAGAAAAGGGAUUCUGAAGUUGAUAUGUUGAAGAAGCAAAUUGCUUUCUUGUUGCAAAUGCAAAAUUCUAGAGAAAAAAAGGCAAUAAACAUAGAAUCGUCAAUAGAUGAUAGACGUUCAUUUGAGUCUAGCCACCAACCUGAUGAUCGUGGAACAACAUCUUAA